CCUUCGUUCUCGUUGGUUUCCACCGUCGGUCCAGCACCAGUAGGAGGAGGGGAUCUCCGGUAAGGUCAAGGGAUGGCGAACGGGGGCGGCUACGGGUGGGCCCUCGCGGCGGGCUUCAACGCCGCGCUUGCGGCCAUCUCCGCCAAGUUCUUCGCGCCUCCGCUGCUCAAAUAUGGCGUGGUGAUACUUUUCAACGUGACAAUGUGGGGAUGCUAUGUGAACAGCCUGAAAGCUUUAUCGUCCCUCCAGGCAACAUUCACAAACUUCGCUGCCAACUUCAUCUCAUCGGGUCUUGCGGGGUAUUUUCUGUUUGAUGAGCCCCUGCCUUCUAAGUGGUUUGCGGGUGCCAGUCUUAUCAUUCUUGGUGUCUUCAUCCUCAGCAAAUCUAGCAUUGAGGAGAAACCGAACUCAGAUUAGGAGGAAGUUUCUACCAGCAUUGAUAGCUGUAACAGAAGUUGAGCCUUCUUAUACUUCUUCUUUUAUGUUCCCAUGGAAUGUUUGUUCAUAUCCCAAUGCAAAGCCAAAUUGGACCAUGAUUUCAUCAUCCAGUUUAUAUAGUGUCUCAAUUGUGUUU